AUGGGCAAGGACAAGGUCGAGAAGAAGGACCGCGCUGAGAAGAAGGAGAAGCGUGCGGAGAAGGAUGGUGUGCACAAGGUGAAGAAGGAGAAGAAGGAAAAGAAAGACAAGACUGCUCUCGUCGAGGCAGUAGAGAAGGAGAUCGGAUCUGAGGCCAUGGAGGGUCUUGAACAGACCAGCCCUGUCGUCAAGGGCGAGGCUGAUGCCGAUGCCACUGUUGAGCGCCCCGUCGGUGCCCUCGUGCCCUUCGCCAACCCAUUGGUCGAGGACAAGCAGGCCAAGAAGGUCCUGAAGAGCGUUAAGAAGGCCGCUGUCAACAAGACUCUCAAGCGUGGUGUCAAGGAAGUCGUCAAGGCUCUCCGCAAGUCCCCCAUCCCCGCCGCCAACGCUGCCAUCGGCGUUCCCAGCGGUGUCGUCGUUCUCGCCGCCGAUAUCUCCCCCAUGGAUGUCAUCUCCCACAUUCCCGUCCUGUGCGAGGACCACGGUAUCCCCUACGUCUUUGUUACCUCCCGCGCUGAGCUCGGUGCCUCCGCUGCCACCAAGCGUCCCACCAGUGUUGUCAUGGUUACCCCCAAGGCCGCCAAGGGCAAGAAGGAGGAUGAUGCGGAGUUCACCAAGGUGUUCGAGGAGCUUGCUGGCUUGACCCAGAAAGAGCUCAAGAAGCUGACUGUCUAA